AAAAUGGCUGUUAAAUACAAAAACGCGCGGAUUUUGACCUUCGUGAUGGCAUUUGUAUGCGCACUUCUGGGUGUGGCCUUAUUUGUCACGUCGAUAACUUUCCUCACUUAUCCAAAUUUUAUCGAGUGGUACAUCCAGAUUACCAAAGUGGAAAUCGUCUGCCGUAUAGCGAUUGGACUGUCGGUUCUGAUUUUUGUCGCUGGAGCCGUUAAUUUGGCUGCUACUUUUCGGGAGGAUCUCACACUCAUCAAAGUUUCCAUUGCUCUGAUGGUUAUCGCUUUUGUACUGAAUGCGAUCUGCAUCAUCGUUGCCUUCGUCAUGGAGUUUAGAGCUCAGGAGGACGUGAGCGAUCAAAUUUACGCAAAAAUGCGAAAAUAUGGACAGGAGGAAUUCCAAAUGGCUACCGAUACCUGGGAUUUUUUCCAGAAGACCCGGCAAUGUUGUGGGUCAGAUGGCCCUGGUGACUGGAAGUUUACCCCUUUUUACGAGGAUGGCAACCAAGAUCAACUGAUUCCGCGGAGUUGCUGCAAAGCGUAUGCAACCACCACGCCGGUUGAACCUUCCUGUCAGAAAAUGUCAGACCCUUCUCUGUAUUACACUGAAGGUUGUCGGAGCUCAGUAAAUGAACUGUUAUGGGCGUUCAUUGGUGUUAUUGUAGUUGUUUUGGCUAUUUGUAGCGUCUGCGAGAUCGUAGGAUCCAUCUCGUCGUGGAUGCUGGUUAAAGAACUUUCGAAAGACGAUGAGCCCUAUGAAUUCAAUCCCCCUCCGACCACAGCGCCGAAAGUGAACAAUUACUCUGGAACUUUGAGGUCGCAAUUUAGUGGAGUGGGUAGUGAAUCCAGUCACAGGCCACGCCCACAACCUGAACACAGGGUCGAAGCUCCUAUCUCCGAGACUGGAAGUGUGCGAAGCGGAAGAAGUGGUCGAAGUGGGCCAAGGUCUGAGGAUGGGCGCGGUGGCUUCACCCGAAACCACCAUAAUUUUAUAAAUCAACAGCCUAAAUUCAAUCAACAAACGUCAGUGGCAUCGCGACAAGAGGGAGAAGAUCGACCUCAAUUGCCGCCUCCUCCCCCACCACCACUGGUUCGGUACAGUCCAGUGCCAGCUGAUGACAACGAAGACUUCGAUGUUUAGCUUAGAACUGAAUCAAGCUUAACUCCUUCAUUUCUAUACUUUUUUUCUAGUUUCUUAUUUGAAAGCAUAUCUGUCACCAGCAACAUUUCAAACUAUGCAUAUCAGUGAACGUUUC